AUGGAGAGCAUGCGCGUAUUCCAGCGCAAUGCUGCUCUCCGACAGCUCUUCUCUCGGGCGCGUCCGCCUGCCACACACCGCACCAUGUAUCGGACUCGAGCUCCCCUGCAGCAAUCGUUCCGCACCAGACCCUCCCCAUACCCGUCCCGAACCUCUUUCAAACGAUCCAUACAUACCCAGCGACCUGCGAGUACAUCCUCCUCUUUCUCUUCAACAAUUCUCCAAGCAUUCCGGACGCAGGGACGCCUCACACGGCGGCGAUUUCAUGCCACAGGUCGUCGCUACAACUCCUCCAAUACCAGCAGCUCCCCGCCGCCGGCGGACCAGAAACCCUCCAUCAAAGAGCGCCUGAAGAAGAUGUCCCGCGAGUACGGCUGGACAGCCGUGGGCGUGUACCUGGCGCUCUCGGCGGCCGACUUCCCGUUCUGCUUCCUCGCGGUGCGCAUGGUGGGUACCGAGACGAUCGGGCACUACGAGCACGUCGUCGUCGAGACCUUCAAGUCGAUCGUCAAGUGGCCGAUCCAGGGCUCCGCCAAGGCCCAGAUGGUGACCGACGGGGCCAUCGAUGAGGCCAGUGAGGAGGCCGGCCUGAGGGAGUUCGAUCACCAGGCCACGCAGGCAGGCGGGAGGGUGUUGGAAGAGCAGACGAAUGAUCACGGGUACAAAGCUGCGCAGAAGGCGAAUCAGGGCGACAAUGCCAGUAUAUGGACUCAACUGGCCCUCGCAUAUGCCGUGCACAAAUCCUUCAUCUUCAUUCGAGUCCCCCUCACCGCGGCGAUCCUCCCCAAAGUCGUCAGGACGUUAAGAUCAUGGGGUUGGAAUAUUGGAAAAAUGCCACAGCGGCAGGCGGUCGGCGCGAGCACGGGCACAGGCAUAAACACCAAGGGGUCGAAAGUCAAACCGCGCGAUUGA